GAUAAUAUGGCGGUCUCCCAAGGGCAAAGUAAAUUCUGUUUCUCCAAUCACUGAUUUACCAUCUAGGUACCUGCACUUAUAAUAGGGACACCUGGCCCCUACUUAGUACUACCGGUAGGCCAACGCAAUAUCACAGAGGAGAAGAAUGCCUGUACCUAGAAGCUUUUGAUCAGGUUGCGCUGAACCCACUGAUCUGGUGGGCGUGAUGUGGUCGAUUGAGCUCCAACGCUAUGCCCGAUUACAGAGCAUAGAUCCUCCAGCGCUUUUUGCAAGUGACCAACCAGCUGCAAAGCACCGGGGAUCCAUGGUAACCAUGACAGAGAGCCAGAAAGCUAGCCCGGGGCAAGUCCCCGGGCCAGCAAUCCUAGCGCUGCGGUGGUUCCUGCUGGCCGUUAUGGGGGGGCUCUUUGUGGCGUGGAACUUCUUCUGGUGGGCUCGGCCUACCGUGUGGUUCGGCACCAAUCUGCUGAACAAGCAGUGGAGAGCGGACCUUGACUCGGGGUACUUCGACCUGUACGAUGCAAACUAUCUCCUCUACUUUGUGCCCCCGGUUCUGAUUGCUAUUCUGGCUCCCAUAUACCUGAGCCUCCCGAAGCCUCCCCGGACUGAACAGGACGUUAUCAGAGAGGCUAAGCCCCCCAGUCUCCUCUACCGGAUCUGGAAGUUCCAGGUGUUCCAGACCGUGACUGUGGCGGAGUUGUUUUGGUGCACGUAUGUUGCGGCGUUUCUCAUCUGGCAGGCUGCGGUCAUGUACUGCAAGAAGUACGAGACCAUCCACAGGGUGCCGCUAGUCAAGCCCAAGAAGCCGCCAGCGCCAGCGUGGCAAGGCGAGUGGGACUACAUCGCGCAGCUCUUCGGAUGGGCGUCUUACAUCCUGGUCAACCUGCUUUUCUUCCCAGUCGCGCGCAACUCCCCCCUCCUGAAGCUCAUCAACGUCCCCUGGGAGCGCGCGGUGCGCUACCACCGCUGGCUCGCGUGGUGGAUGCUCCUCAUGACGCUCGGCCACUUCGUCGCCUACAUGACCUACUGGCAGAAGAUCGGCACCGUGCAGAAAAACGUCAAGGACUGGCGCGGCUACGACGUGUCGCGCCCCGCCGGCAUCCUCGUCGGCAUCGUCGGCGCCAUCAUGGGCUUGACCAGCCUGGGCGUCGUUCGACGGCGAUACUUCGAACUCUUCUUCAGCGUGCACCAGCUGUACGUGCUGUUCAUCCUGUUCCUCUUUUGGCACCAAGGCACCAAGAACGGGCUCACCUUCAUGAUGCCCAGCCUUUUCCUGUUCGCCUUUGACCGGCUCCAAAGGGCGAUCCAGUCCUGGGGCCACGCCGGGGUGCUGGCCACCAAGACCUUGCCUGACGGGACCAUCCAGGUCGAGGUCGCCAAACAUCCCAACCACGCCUUCCACCCCCUCAGUUUCCUCUUCGUGAACAUCCCGGGCGUCUCCCGGUUUGAAUGGCACCCCUUCAGCCUUAUGACCGGCCCGAAAGAUUCUGCGCGCUCUUUCGUCUUUCACGUGAAACCCCAAACCCUCGGUGGGACGCAAUGGACCGACCGCGCGACCGCGAAAGUCGGCCACGUGUCGCCCGAUCCGGACGCCAAGGCCGUGUCCAAGUGUCCGCUCACAAGGAUGCUGAAAGCGGACGGGUUCUACGGGAGCGAAAGUGACUCGUUCAAGAGGUACCCUGCCCUCGUCAUGAUUUCCGGCGGUUCCGGCAUCGUUCCGCUCAUCGCCGUCCUGCGCGACAUCCUGCACUCUCACCGGAUCGGAGCGGACGUCGGACUUCCCUCCGUGAUCUACCUCUACUGGGCUGUUCGCGACUACCGCCAACUCGCCCCGAUCGCGGAGCUGUCCCCCGGUCAGUUGUGCCCCGGACACGGUUCCAAGGUCACCAUCCGCGUCCACGCUUACGUCACUCAGGGCACCAAGAGCGACGUCAGCACUCUGGACUACUCACGCGUCGACGUGGCGGAGCACAGCGCAGUCCAGCCCAUGCGAGCCCAGAUCAACGGCUGGCGGCUCUCGCUGGUCCUUCUGAUCACGCUUGUGGGCACCACGAUAUUCAUCGGCGCCGCGUUCAACCUGAUCGUCUACUCGUACGAGAAACACGGAGCCAAGACCGGCAUGCGCUGGUGGCACCGCUCGAGCGUUCUCCUCUGCAGCAUAGUUGCGGGGGUGAUCGUCUUCGGGGGCCUGUCCAUGGCCGCCGUGUAUUUGCUUGACAACAUGCUCGGAAGAAAAGAAGCAUCUGACGCAGUUGACGCCCCGGCAAAGGACGGCUACGAAAGCUCCCGCGCCAGCCGCUGCAUUCUGGAGGAGACUGCGGACUCUGAGGACAACCUGCUGCAGGCUGCGGACGUCACCUUCGGACAGCGUCCGGUGCCGGCAGAUAUUCUGACCGAGGUUGCCGAGCAACACGCCGGAAUGAGAAUCGGUGUCCUGGCCAGCGGACCGACAGAGCUUGUCCACAACGUCGUCUCGCAGUGCCGCCGGAAGAACGGAAUCUUUACCGGCGGACAGAACGGGGCGUUCUUCGAUCUGCACACCAUUAGCUACACUCUUUAGAUUAUUGUACUUUGGCCGUCUAAGCACGCGUGGAUUGCACAGAUUGUUAAUCGAUUGAAUGUAGACGUUCUUAGAUGGAACCAGUAACUUGAGAAGCGAGCUUGACGAGCCGGAACAAGUCUGUAUAAAGCUUCGAGGAAAGGGAGCUACUUUGCAAGGCUCUAGUCCAGUCAGUAGGGCUCAUUUCAGGGAAUGCAGGGCUAAAAUGAAUAGCUAGGCGGGUUGAACAGAAAGGGGCAGGUGUCUCAAUAAGGGUUCCACAUUAACAGAACGUUGAGACCAACUUUGGUACGAACUGGCCGUAAAAUGUUGCUCACUAGAUUCUUGAGGAUUUUACGGUCAAUAAGAAGUCGAACACUCGAGGAGGUAGACGUGAAUUGUUGCCCUUGAAGCUGUGGUAAUCCGUCCAUACCCGCUGGGUGCAUAUGUGCGUUGUUGAGUCGUCGGAUAUCGAUAC